GCCUCCUCCCGCUCCCUCCCACUUAAAGGCUACCAUAGAUUCUGAGUUAGACCAGGACAUUAUCCCCGACCACUCGCAGUGCGAUGUCGUCUGAACGGCAGCUACCUCCUGAGAUAUGCGACAUCAUUCUCGACCACCUUCACAGCGACAUGGAAUCCUUGUCUUCCUGCGCCCUUGUCUGCAAAGCCUGGGUUCCUACCGCCCGUAUGCACCGCUUCGAAACACUUCAUAUCCCCCGGUCCGGACGCGGCAGGUCUGCUCUCGCACUGCUAUGCGAUAGCACAUCAACCAUCCUGCCGUACAUACGCCAUCUCUCCCUCCAAGAGGGCGGCGAAGGUUGGAGGCGCAAUGACCCACUGUGGCUCGGUGACGCGCUCCCUCGAAUGCGCCUGCAGGAGUUGAGCAGCCUUCACAGUCUUAGGAUCCAAAGCUUUGCCUGGCCCACGCUUUCUCCGCAGGCGAGAGCGUGCUUGCUCUCUGUUCUACCACGGGUGAGGUCCCUAUCCCUGCCGGUACUCGAAGGGGAAUGCGUUUUCGGCGUGUUCGAGAUGAUAUCCGCUGCAACCUCACUGCACGAGCUAUCUCUGCUCGGGAUGGGGGUAAUCGACACUCCAGACUCGCAAUCCCUGCUCGCCCAAUUCCCUACUUCCCCCUUCUCGCGUACUCUCACUCGCCUGCAGGUCGAUGCGGCAAGCAUCUUCCUGCGGUUUAUUAAUUGGGUCGCACCGGGUCUCCCCGUCCCAGAGAUUGAUCUGCAGGACUUCUUCUCCUCAACGGAGGCGACUAAAUUUAUCGCUUCAUGCGGCUCAAGGGUGAAGCACCUCACCUUGCGAUUCAGCGAUCUAGGGUGGGCAAAUCCGGAGGGCAUAUUCAUAUUCUAUGGUGGUCUUUCCCACAAUUCGUCUCUGAUCACACUUGAUCUGGGUUGCGAACACGCCUCCAUUAUUCCUAUCCUUCACCAACUUCCCUCCCCCCAUCUGAGCAUGAGCGUCGUGACGCUCCAUAUGACACCCGACACGCUUCUGCGCUUCGAUUCGAACCUCGGCGCGCUCGAGGACCUCUUCACCUCCCACUUCCCUGCAGCGAGGCUCGAGAUUAUCGGGACACACGAUGAUGUAGAACCGCUCCUGGGACUGCGAGAUGGGUUGUUCGCACGUAUGCGGCGAUUGCGCGAGGAAGGAAGGCUGGGGUUCAAAAGAAGCGAUGGGCUCAGUAUGGACCCCGACACGCCCAGCGUCAUGGACAGCUUGCUGGAGGAUCAGGGCACAGUUCAUUAAAUCAGACGCUCUAUGAGGCCGGUAUCUACAUGCAUAUGUCUGCGAAAAUGGAGUGUAAGGAUGAAUAGCUACAAAAGUCAUGGAGCCGUCAUAGACGCCGGAGGCCUCUCUCAGCCUCUUCAUGCUGCAGCUACGGGAUUACAAAGAUUCACAGUGUAUUCAUAGGAACCAAGGACGUCGAUGGCAAUAUCAUAUAUACAGUCCAAAGAAUGGUCCAUCCGGCCGAUAUGACACUCCAUACUGGACGUCCUCAGAACCACCGACUGAACAAGCCACUGAACCCACUACCCCGUCCAACGGUGGACACAGGAGAGGUGG